UUACUUGGCCACGAUGCUCAUCACACAGCCGUCACUGCAAACAACGUCAGCAGAAGCAGCGGUGCAUGCACCCACACAGGACUGACGCUGCUGUCUGCAUUCUUUGUUUCUUUCAACUUGUCGACCGCAGCAGCAGCAGUGAGAGACUUGAUGUCCGUGGUUUUACUAACACCAGUACUUGUGGAAGUUGGUCCUGAUGCCCUCUGCGUUGCCUCUGUUCCGCUGCCGUUUUCACAAGCAGACUUUUUAUCACCAGACAGAUUAGCAUUGAAGUCUGUCACCGUAAGAGUUCCAUUUGCAGACGAAUCAUUUUUAAUUUGUGCACCAUCCAAACCGCCAUUCGUGGUUUCGACUCUUUGA